AUGGGUCGGCUCGACCGGAGUGAUACUAUGGCCUCACAGAAAACCGGCGUGAAACAACGAGUGAGGCGGAUGGGCGUCACCAAGCAACCAAAAUCCAGUCGUCUCGACCCUCCCCUGAAAUCGCCGCAGGUGACUUACGUGCGAGUGUUCUUAGACAUGUUUGACGAAUAUCGGUUGAGCUGUUUAGAAGUUAUGGGGGGUGCAGACGGCAGUAUGACAGUAGCUCGCGGCGAUGGUUCCCCCGAGCGGCUGGGCGGUGCGCUCCGUCGCCUCCACUACAAGGCGACGAGGCGCGCGCACUCCGCCGCAGCCAGGCAUCACAACUCCAACACAACACCGCCAAAGGCUAAUGAUGGUGCUGAUAAUAUAUCAGCACCAUCAUUAGCCUGA